AUGAGCGAAGAACGACCGAGCGGGCUGAUCGCCAAUAAAGGCCUGGAGCUGCUGACCUUCGGCACCCCCAACGGUGAGGCGGAGAUUAAACGCAGGCGAGUGCUGGGACUGAUGGCUUCGGCAUGCAGGUCACAAGGCGAGCAUCAUCCUCGAGGAGCUGAAAGACGCGUAUGGGAAGCCGGACUACGUCUUCCAGAGCAUCAACAUUGGACGGAACAUUCAGGUAUGGACAACACGAAGGGGAUCCUUGGCGGUCGUUCUGACAAGGGGUAGAAAGAGCCAUGGUUCACUGAGAAAGGCCCCAAUGGCCGUAUCCCCGUGUUGAUCGACCACGAUAAUGGCGGCCUUGGUAUCAUGGAAGGCUCGGCCAUUCUGUCCUACUUGACCCGGCACUUCGAUCCGGACCACAAGUUUUCCUUCACCAAAGACCCAGAGCUCUCGGAGUGCGAGCAAUGGCUCGCCUGGCAGCACGGCGGCCUUGGACCGAUGCAGGGCCAAGCGAACCACUUCUUCCGUCUCGCCAAGGAACGCAUCCCCUACCCCACGCAGCGCUACGUUGGCGAGACCGAACGUCUCUAUGGUGUCCUUGACAUCCGUCUCAAGAACCGCGAAUACCUCGUUGGCAACAAGUACUCCAUCGCAGACAUUGCCAACUACAGCUGGGUCAAUGUUGCCUACUUUGCCGGCGUUGAUCUCGAGCAGUUCCCUAACCUCUACAAGUGGUGGCAGAGGAUCAAUGCACGACCUGCCGUGCAGAAGGGUGUUGCUGUUCCAAGUCAGCCAACCAUCACCAACGACAAAUAUCAACAGAGGCUGAAGGAUGAGCCGGAGUUCGCGCAGAAGGAGAAAGAGCUGCGGGAGAUUCUGCAAAAGGCAAAGGAACAGUACAGUUAUAAGUUCUCCGCGCCAUGA